AUGGAUCCGUUGAGGCAAAGUCAUAUUGCAUUGAGAGGAGAUGUGGACUCGAUGAAAAAUCAGCUAGACCAACUUGUGGAAGCUAUGAUAGUUUUAGCAAAGAAGGAAGACAACAUUCAGCAGACUGCAGUUGUUGAGAAUGUUAUGCUAGCUACAAUAAAUGGUCUUACCCAACCUCAGCUUGUGCAAACCCCAGUUGAUAACUCUACUGUACAAGAAUGUCAUGUUGUUCAAGAUUCCUCACGUCAUGAUGCUGUUGAGUAUCACAGUUGUGCAUUCUCCGUGCCAGAUUCCCAUGGAACAAGCCUAGUGGUUAAUGCCGAACAACCACAAGAUGAUAAGAUUGCUAAAGGAUUCUGUGUGCUAGAGAAAAGACUCAAGGCCAUAGAAGGAAAAGAUAUUGUUGGACUGAAUGCCUUAGACAUGUGUUUGUUGAGAGCCUUAUCUAAGGAAAGUAACGAAUCCUUUAGAGGGUAUGCCCAAAGAUGGAGAGAGUUGGCGGCUUGCGUUGAGCCACCACUCUUAGACAAAGAAUUAAUGGAAUUAUUCAGGGACACCCUGCAAAGUCCAUACUUCGAAAGGAUGAUUAGUAGUGCAACAUCAGACUUCGUUAACUUAGUGACAAUUGGAGAACGCAUCGAGAAUGCCCUAAAAAGUGGAAGAAUCCAAGGCGCCUCGAGCAACCAAGAUAGCGAGAUAGAAUCCCUUAGUGAUUCCCAAAAGGAAGAAGAUGAUGAAACAAAUGCAGUCAUGGCAGAUGUUGGGUAUUCUCACGAUGCACCAGCCAUACCUUAUGGUUCUCCACCUUCUCAGCAAUCACCAUUUCCAACACCACGUUAUCCUUAUAGGCAACUGGCAAGGCCUAGAGCACCAUUCAAGCAACCAUGGACUGUUCCUCAUACAAAUCAAAGAUCUCGUGGUCAAGGAUAUCAAAAUUAG